GCCACCGUAGCGCGUACACCAAACCCACGUGGUUCAUCAAAACAUCAUGGCGGCUGGUUUCAAGACUGCUGAGCCUCUUGAGUACCACAGAAGCUUUCUGAAAGAAAACUGUCGGCCUGAUGGACGGGAGCUGUCAGAGUUCAGAACCACAACACUGAACAUAGGGUCCAUAUCCACAGCAGACGGCUCGGCCCUGGUAAAGCUUGGCAACACAACAGUGAUCUGUGGGAUAAAAGCGGAGCUGGCAAACCCCACAGUGGAUGCACCUGGCAAAGGCUACAUCGUCCCAAACAUCGAUCUUCCCCCUCUGUGUUCCUCUCGGUUUCGGCCGGGCCCACCAGGAGAACAAGCCCAGGCUGCCAGUCAAUUCAUCGCUGAUAUCAUUGAAAGCUCUGAAGUGAUACAGACAGAGGACUUGUGCAUUGAAAGGGGAAAGCUCUGCUGGGUGCUCUACUGCGACCUGAUGUGUCUUGACUAUGACGGAAACGUGUUGGAUGCCUGUAUCAUCGCCCUGCUGGCUGCUCUUAAGAACACACAACUCCCAGAGGUCACCAUCAACACAGAGACGAGCUCACCAGAGGUGAAUUCAGAGAAGAGAUGCAGCCUCAAGAUUCACAAACAUCCAGUCGGAGCCUCUUUUUGUGUCUUCGAUGACUCCAUCCUGAUUCUAGACCCUACAUCUGAAGAGGAGAGUCUGUCCACCGCUCAGCUCACUGUGGUGACGGAUGAGGAAGAUCGACUCUGUGCUAUCCAUAAACCAGGUGGGACAUCACUGUCUGGAGAGAAGCUGCAGGGGUGCAUCAGCAGAGCAGCGGCAAGACAAAGAGAGAUCCAGAAACUCAUCGACAAAGUCAUACAGAGUGUACAGACACCACAAUAAAGAAAUUCAGACAACACCGUUUUAUCUAAAAGCUGUAUUUUUCCACUGUCAAUAUAUAUUCUUUUUUAAUAACAAUAAAACUGCUGACAAAGA